GACUUCUCAAAAGCCUGCGGAGGAGACGUAGGAUCUUCAAGCAAAUGCUGACAGCUGGAGUUUCCCGAUAGCAGAUAAAAUUAUUUGACCACCAUGAGUUGGAGUUUUCUGACCCGUCUGUUAGAGGAGAUCCACAAUCACUCAACCUUUGUUGGCAAAAUUUGGCUGACAGUGUUGAUUGUAUUUCGGAUUGUCCUAACUGCUGUGGGAGGAGAAUCCAUUUAUUACGAUGAACAAAGCAAGUUUGUGUGCAACACAGAGCAGCCUGGCUGUGAGAACGUUUGCUACGAUGCUUUUGCUCCUCUUUCGCAUGUGAGGUUUUGGGUCUUUCAGAUCAUUCUUGUUGCCACUCCGUCUGUGAUGUAUUUAGGCUACGCGAUUCAUAAAAUUGCCCGGAUGGUAGAACACAGCGAAGCCGACAGAAGAAUCAGAAGCAAAAGCUUUUCCAUGCGCUGGAAACAACACCGUGGCUUAGAGGAAGCUGAGGAGGACCACGAGGAAGACCCGAUGAUGUACCCAGAAAUAGAGCUGGAAAGCGAACGGGAGAAUAAAGAGCAGCAGGCCCCUGCCAAAGCUAAGCAUGACGGCAGGCGGCGAAUCCGGGAGGACGGACUCAUGAAAAUUUAUGUCCUGCAGCUUCUGGUGAGGACGACGUUUGAAAUCAGCUUUCUCGUGGGUCAGUAUUUUUUGUAUGGCUUUGAGGUCAGCCCCAUAUUUGUGUGCAGCAGGAAGCCGUGCCCGCACAAGAUAGAUUGUUUCAUUUCAAGGCCAACCGAAAAGACCAUUUUCCUGCUAAUAAUGUACGGGGUGAGCUGCAUGUGUUUACUCUUGAAUGUCUGGGAGAUGCUGCAUUUGGGAUUUGGCACAAUCCGGGACACGUUGAACAACAAGAGAAAAGAGCUGGAGGACUCUGGUACCUAUAACUACCCGUUUACCUGGAAUACGCCGUCUGCUCCUCCUGGCUAUAACAUCGCGGUCAAGCCAGAGCAAAUGCAAUAUACUGAACUGUCCAACGCCAAAAUGGCCUACAAACAGAACAAAGCCAACAUAGCUCAGGAACAGCAGUAUGGAAGCAACGAAGAAAACAUUCCUGCCGACCUGGAAAAUCUGCAGAGGGAAAUUAAAGUGGCUCAGGAGCGCCUGGACCUCGCGAUCCAGGCUUACAACAACCAAAACAAUCCCGGCAGUUCCAGAGAGAAGAAAUCCAAAGCAGGCUCAAACAAAAGCAGUGCCAGUAGCAAGUCAGGAGAUGGGAAGAGCUCUGUCUGGAUUUAAUGUUGGCUGAGUUUAUAUAUUGUGGUUUUUUCUCCUAGUUUAUCAUAACCAGCUACCUUGAAUAAUGGCUUCCAUUAAGUAAAUAUUUGACUCUGCUUAUUUUCAGGGAUACCGUUGGCUAGUGAUUCAACCUCUCAGAAAGGGGUUAUACACAUAUUCUAGGAUUAUAGAACUUUAUUCUUCUGUCUUCCAAGUCAGGAGACAAAUAGGUAUAUUUAAAUCAUUCUCAUUGAACGGUUUAUGCUGUAUGUACAGUAUUAUAGUACAUUUAUUAUGCACAAUUUUUUGUAUUUGUACACUGGAUCUCUGAUGUUACACUUUUUUAUAUUAAUGAGGAGAAAUGGGUAGCUGUUAGCAUUUUGCCAGUUUUAUUACUGUGGUCUGCAGUUUUGUCGUUGUUUUUCCUUCCUUUAAAAGUAAAACU